AUUGUGCGUAUCGAUCGCUGCGUACUGCGUCACCCAGUCACGCGUGUUUUUUUAAACCUCCCGGCGGGCUAACGUUAACUCGCGUGUGACUGGAUUAAACGCGUCCGCACAUCACCGAUAGGGAGGUAAACAUUAACCAGACCGGUCUGUUUUGCGUGUCAAAAGAGGUUGUUUUUACCUGACAGUGGAACAUGGCGACGGCUGCCUCUGUGUGGUCUAAGGGACCUAAGUUGUACAGGUAUUCUGUGAAUCUGCACCAGGCGAGCAGGAGGUUUUCAGAAAGCAGUGACAAAGGCUGGUUUCGUUCCUUAUUUGUGCACAAAGUCGAUGCCAGGAAAGAUGCCCACUCCAACCUGCUGUCAAAGAAAGAGACCAGUAACCUGUAUAAAAUUCAAUUUCACAACGUCAAACCAGAGUGCCUGGAAGCAUACAACAGUCUAGAGGCAGAGGUGCAAAACAGGCUCCAUCGGGACCAGGACUAUCCAUGUGAGGUGGUCGGAAGCUGGAAUACCUGGUACGGAGAACAGGAUCAAGCCGUGCAUCUAUGGCGAUACAGAGGAGGCUACCCAGCCUUGACUGAAUGCCUGAAGAAGUUGAACAAUAACAAGGAGUAUUUAGAGUUUCGGAAAGAGAGGGCAAAAAUGUUGAUUUCAAGGCGAAACCAGCUUCUUCUUGAAUUCAGUUUUUGGAAUGAACCCCUGCCAAGACAAGGCCCAAACAUCUAUGAAAUGCGCACCUAUUACCUCAAGCCGGGAACCAUGAUUGAAUGGGGCAACCACUGGGCGAGGGCAAUCGGAUACAGACAGGAGAACGACGAGGCAGUGGGCGGGUUCUUCUCACAGAUCGGUGACCUGUAUGUUGUUCAUCACUUGUGGGCUUAUGAAAGUCUCCAGUCUCGGGAGGAGACAAGAAACUCUGCCUGGCUGAAGGAGGGAUGGAAUGUAAAUGUGUAUUUUACAGUACCUUUGAUCCGAAGCAUGGAGUCUAGAAUAAUGAUUCCCACAAAGAAUUCACCAUUACAAUGAGAAGAUGACUGAAACUGCAAACACCUGAAUGACAGAAACUCUUUCACCUAGUGCCAGAGCAGCAUGGACUGAGUCCUGGUCUUACUGAUUGUAUUUCUUUUUAUCUGCUGGACGAUCUGUGUUACCACCAAGUAUGUAAACAAAAACAUUCUCUUAUUCUAUAUUUGCACAGCAGCCAGUCAGUCGUAAAAAGCAAUGAUAAAGCGUUGGUGUGCAUUUAUAUUGAGAAUCUUGAAAUACAAACAUUUCGUAAGUUUAGGUCACAUGGAAUAAGGAAUGAAAAAAUUGAAACACUAAAAUACAAAAUUAUACUGUAUUUGCAGUAUUGCCCAAUCUAGUGCAAUUUACAUAAUGAUUGCGUAGAGCUAGGUGCUGCUUUUUGUUUUUUAUCAUUAAUUAUGGUAAUGGAUCAUGCAUUUGUUUUUCACAAUGAAGGAAUGGUCUCCAACCAGCCUUUUACGCUUGCGUUUUUAUGACUGUAUAUGAAUCACAGUGAAUGAGAUCACACUGAGCUUCACAACUGUGACUGUGAAAGACAUGUUUGAUCGAAUAAAACUUGUCAGACUACCUCAAUCAUUGAAA